AUGGUUGCCGUGUUACAACCAGAACCUUUGUCAAACGUAGUAGAAUCGGUGACUUUUUUAGAAACAGGAAGUGGGAUUAUAAACAAAGACGAAGAAUCUAAACCACUUGUUGGUAUUAUAUAUCCACCACCGGACAUAAGAAAUAUUGUUGAUAAAACUGCCAUUUUUGUCGCAAGAAACGGCGUUCAAUUCGAAGAGCGUAUUCGGGAAAAUGAAAAACACAAUGCAAAGUUCAGUUUUUUAAACCCUAACGAUCCGUAUCAUGCUUACUAUCAAUACAAAAUUGCUGAAACUAAGGAAGGAAAAGUCCCUAAAAAAGUUGAAGCUAAAGAGAUUGUUCAAGAAGUUAAAGAUGUUCUUCCUCCACCAAAAAUACCACCAAAAGAACCACCUUUUUUUGAAUUCAUGACCGAUAUGCCUGCUAUUUCCGCACAAGAUCUGGACAUUUUGAAAUUGACAGCUCAAUUCGUAGCACGUAACGGAAGACAAUUUAUGACAGCUCUUUCACAACGUGAACAGCGAAAUUAUCAGUUUGAUUUUUUACGGCCAAAUCAUAGUUUAUUUAAUUACUUCACAAAGUUAGUAGAGCAAUAUACAAAAGUAUUAAUUCCACCAAAAAAUUUAAAUGAAAAAUUGAGAUAUAAUGUAGAUAACAAAUAUCAAAUUCUUGAUCGUGUAAUGCAACGAGUUGAAAGGAAAAUGGAAACUGUAGAGUUUACGGAAGCUGAUGAGACUAUCGAUCUUCCACCUCCAAUGAGCAUUAUGGAACUGGAAAAUAUGACUCUUGCUCAAAAGAAGAUGGCUUUGGUUAAUUUAGCAGAAUCUCAACCAGAUGAAAAAGCUGGUGAAAUUGAUAUGGAGAUGGACGAUGAUGUAGAUAUGGAAGAUGAUGAUGCAGAAAAAGAAGACCAAGAGCAAGAUACAACACCAGCAGUUAUGGAGAUUAAACCACCAGAUGCUUCUGCGCCAAUGAAAAUUGUUAAAGAUUAUACUCCUAAAGCAUAUGCUCUUAAAACGUCUGUUGACAGACCGACUGUUAUUUGCCCUAGAUGUAAACAGGUUAUACCUGUCGACGAAAUGGAUGACCAUGUUCGUAUUGAACUAUUAGAUCCAAAGUGGAGAGAACAAAAAUUAGCGGCGGAAUUAAAAAAGAAAGAAUCAAAUUUAUUACAAGAAGGUACGGAUGUUGCAAAAAAUCUCAAGGCAUUUUCUGGUUAUCGAUCCGAUAUUUUUGGUAAUGAAGAAACUGAAAUUGGACGAAAGAUCGGUGAAGAGGAGGAAAAGAAAAAAAGGAUCGAAAAGGAAAAGGUUGUAUGGGAUGGUCAUACAGCCUCAAUCAAUAUGGCUACUCAGCGUGCAGCUGCUGGCGUUUCUAUUGAUGAACAGAUCGCUGCAAUUCAUAGGAUCUUUCAUUUAUCUAGCGAUAGCGAUUCCAAAAUCGGUCCAAAGAUUCCCCAACAUCCUUCUCAACAACCUCCUGUCUAUCCUGGAUAUCCUACCCAUUCUCAAGGUGCUCCGGGAAUGCCGUCAGGCCUUCCACCUGCACCAUAUCCUGGCUACGUAUCUUCUUCUGCACCAUUUGCCCAUCAACUUCCUGGAUAUAUUUCAACGCAAGGUACAAGUUCAACUUCACAACAAUCAUCUCAAGCUCGUCCACCUAUUCCUCAACAAAUUCAUAGACCUAACCAGCCUUCAGGUAUGUCAGGAUCUUCUGCGCCAGCUCCACCUUUACCGCUAGCGAUGGGACCGUCUCCGCCGGCACCUCAAACACCUCCUAUACCUCCAGUUCCGUCAUCUAAAGUUGGUCGAAAUAUCGAUGAUGAAACAGAAUUAUCCUAUAUGACUAAACGACAGAAAAUGGACAACCUUAUUUCGAUUGGAAGUCUUGUUUCCGCAGAUGAAUGGAUAGAAUUACAUCCUGGUCCUAUUAAUGUGCAAGUUCAUUGUCCAACAAUUCCUGAAAAACCUGAAUGGAAUUGUCAAGGCCAAACCAUCAUUUUAGACAAUUUACCAUUAAACACAUUUGUAUCCACUGUAAAGGACAAGAUUGCUGCACGAUUAAAUUUCCCUGCAGGCAGACAAAAACUUAUGAUUGGAGGCGCGGUAAUGAAAAAUCAGCUUUCAUUAGCUUAUUAUAAUAUGGAAGAUGGAGUUAUUAUUGGAUUAGCUAUUAAAGAUCGCGGAAAGAAAUGA